CUUGCAGGCAGGCAUCCCACUGAGCAAAGACAGAACUUUAUCAUCUGCAUGUGGUGGAGCAUUCCACUUCUAUGCUUGGGGGAAGAUAGUUUAACCCUCAGGGGCAAUGGAUUGGGUCCGAAGUUGUAAGUGAAUGCUGUAACGUGGGAGAUGCUCCUUGCUUCUUCUUCCUAACAACACAUUCCAGCAGACGAUAAAGUUCCUGGCAGCCAUCUUUGUUUUCGACAUCUAUAGGUUUCUAAAUUUCCAACAUGUCUGACGACGAAACUCACAAUCCCCCAGAGGAGAUUACAGAUGCCCCCGAGGAGGUUACAUUUGUAGCCGCCCCCGUUGCACCAACUCCGGAAGUAACUCCUACUGAGCAGAAUGAGCAAGCUUCCGAGAAUGAAGCAAAGAGAGCUAUGGAGGAAGCAGCCAGGAGGAAGGCUGAGAAGGUGGCACAAGAAAUAGCCGAGUUUGAAGAGCAGAGGAAAGAGGAACGCGAGAAAGAACAACAGGAAAUUCAAGCUCUCCGUGAAAAAAGAGAACAACGCAAGAGGGAGCGAGAAGAGGAAGAUAGGAGGCUGGCUGAAAUGAGGGUACAGGAGGAGGCCCGCAGGAAGGCUGAGGAGGAAGAGAAAAGAAAGAAGAAAGCAGAAGAAGAAAAACAGAGAAAAGAAGAACGUGACAGAAAACGCAAGGAACAAGAGGAACGCAUUAAGAACAUGCGUAAACCGAACUUUGUCAUCACCAAACACAGUGAUGGAGAAAAAACUGGAGAGGAGAACGAGCAGGGAGAGGUCCAGAAAUCUAAGGAGCAGCUCGAGGCCGAGAAGAGGUCCUUCCUGUCCCAGAGGAUCAAGCCCCUCCCCGACCUGUCCGGACUGGACGUGGAGAAACUGGCCGAGCAGGCCAAGGAGCUCCAUAAGGAGAUCUACCGCCUGAUGAACGAAAAGUACGACAUCGAGGAGAAGUUCAAGAGACAGCAGUAUGAUAUGAUUGAACUUGCAGAGAGAGCAAGACAGAUGAGCAAAGGAAAAGGAAGAAAAGGACUGUCAUCUGCACAAGUUGAUGAGUCGUUUGACAGAUUAGCAGACAAAUUCGCCGGUGCCCCACCCAAGAUCCAACUAUGCAGCAAGUACGAGCGCCACACAGACCACCGAUCCUACGGCCAGAGAUUAGAACUUUUUGAAGAGUUAAGUAAACCUAUAGAACCUUCCUUCGUAACCAAAAAGACAGAGGGCGAGGAAGGUGAAGAAGGCGGGGAGGAAGACGCGGGUCAGGAAGAGGGAGGGGAGGAGUAGCUCUCUCCCCCCACCCCUCAUAUCCUGUUAGCCUAGGUGUCAACAGAUUAACGCAAUAGAAAAAAUAAACCAUCUUCAAAGAGGCGACAUCCCCAUGAACAGCCAAAAUGACUUGAUUGACUGAUAGCAGUAGAGAGAGGAUAUAGAUUCUUGUAACUCUAAUGACUAUGUGUAACUGCGUUCACUUGUUUUUAAUCUCUUGAUAUCCUAGGCUAAUCAUUUCUUUAGCUUUGUAAAUUUUUUUGUUUUUAUUUAUGAAAAAGUAAAAAUGUUAAUAUUGCCAUGUAUUGUUUCAAAGGAUUUCUUUCGCAUGUUGUUUCUGAAGUCCUUUGAAAUAAUUGUAUAAGAAACAAUAGUCUUGAUAUUGAACAUACCCCAGAAGGAACGGAAAAGAAGAAUGACUGAUUUUUUGUGGAGGAAGUAGUUCCAAUGAUUUAAAGUAAACUGUCAACAAUUGUUCAGUAUUUCGGUCGGAGUAAACAAAAUGGAGGGUUUUUCAUUGAGAUGAUCUUCUUCCACUGAAGACAGUUUAGUGAUAGGCAGCAGUCUAUUGCUUUAUAUAUCUAUCAAUGUAUGCAUCCAAGACUAUGUGUGAUAUGACUAGUCCUUAUAGACACAGUAAUAAAGUUGGCCAAAUCCUU